AUUUUCACCACUAGCGCAAAAUAAACUGUUGCUGUUUUUACAAACGUCCUUAAAUCAAUGCAAAAUGGAUAAAACACCACGUAUAGUUUAUGUGUGCAGUCUGUGCCUGCGUCAAUAUGAUCUCCAGGAGGAUCUUCGAGGACACAUGGUGUAUUUUCAUGGCUACGAACCCAUUUCAACGCCUGCCGGCAAGUCAAAAAAAGCUAAGACUUCAACAAAACAACAAACUAUAACCGGCAGGCUUCACCAGGAUAAGCAAACUAGUGAAAAGCAACUGGAUGACCCAAAAUCAACGCCAAAUGAACUGCAGCCCAUGCCGUUUAAGGAUUUUCGAUUGGUUUUGAGAGCCAAUAUGCUAGAACCGUGCUCCUUUGGCAAGGACUGUCCUUUCAAAUUCCAGGAUAAUGCAAAAGUAGAACUUCACUCCAGUUGCCACAAGGGCACCAGCUUCUCCUGCUGUGAAUGCGGACUGGAACUGCCCAACUGGCGCCGUUGCUCGGCUCAUUUGUGGAAAACCCACCAAGUAGAUGUGGAUCUGCUGGAGUGUCCUGUCUUCGAUUGCAAUUACAAAUCGCCCGUAUCAGCUCUUGUAUGGCGUCACAUGAGGGUACACAAAAGGUGGAGAGCUAGAGUGCUCCGUUCGUUGGCCGCUGUUCAGCGAAGAAAGAAAUUGAAGGACCAGUCCGCAGAUCUGGUCACCCAACCGGUUGCUCCUACACCUGCAACCAAGAAGAACAAAUACUAUGCGGAAAAGACCUGCGAGACUUGCAAUCGCAAGUUUGUUAAUGGCAAAACUUUGUCUAAGCACGUGAAAACAGUGCACAACAAAAUCAAGCCGUUUAUUUGCAAUGUGUGUGGUAAAAAGACGGCGCGCAAAGCAAGUUUGAUUAUCCAUAUGCGUCAGCACACAGGCGAGAAACCCCUGAAAUGCGGGGAGUGCAAGUUUUCCACUCGAGAUCCCAGUGUUUUGCACAAGCAUCGCCAGCGUCACGACAAUCAGGACUCCAGAAGUAGCCUCAAGUGCAGCCAAUGCGAGUACCAGUGCAUCCAGGCAAAUGCCCUAAAGCGACACAUGCGACUUAAUCAUGCCGAGGCUUAUCGAGACUUGUGCUGUGAUCUCUGCAGCUUCACCUCUAUUAAUACAGAGCGUUUAAAAGCCCACAAGCAGGAUCAUCGGCAGGGCUUAAUCACCAAUUGUGAGGAUUCAAUGGACGCCUCACGUGCCGCUGGAUUUAAGUAUCCUCGAAAAGUGGGCGACAAGAAUGGCGAGAUAUCAGCAGACUGUUUUAUGCCAUUGGAGAGCGUAGAUUCGUUGCCCCAUGAGCCAGCUGUAGAUACGGGUGGGGUAACCAUACCAGCCCCACCUUCAGAGGACACACAAUUCCCCACUUAUUUGAAGGAUUAAUUUUAAAAAAGUAUAAAGUUUAUAAUAAUGGGUAAGCGAGGAUUUUUAGUAUUCUUUGACUCCCAUUUUUAUUAUAUUCAUUUUUAUUUAUUUAUACGUGUGUAUAUUUAUUUAUUUAUGUACCUACAUAUUUAUUAAUUUACAACUUAAUUUGUUAAAAUGUGGGAUGUCCAAUGCGCUGUAAAGAGUUUUGUAUAAAAUAAUGUUCUCAUGCAGUUUGUUUUGGGGAUUUAAAUGCUUGUUUAUUAAGUUGUUCAGUUUUUCAAUUUAAUUUUAAUAUCAUUUUAGAAUCUGAUAUGAUUUUUUUUCAACACUCGAAUUAUUUAGUCAUGCUGGUUUACCGUGUUCCAUUUUAAUUAUCAGUUAGGUUUAAUUUAAACUAAUUUAAAAUUUAAAAAUCUACUCUGCUGGCGAUAAUCAUCCGGUUUCAGUUCGGUUUCAAGAUCAGCGCUUUUUAAUCUAGGUUACGACAGAAGUUUAUUCAAUUGUUUUCAUUUGGGCAGUUUCGCUAAUAACUUGUUAGGUUGUUAAUAUUUAAUUUGAUUUAAUUAGCUUAGUAGUUGAGCUUUACGUUUGAUUUAAUAUAAUUAUUCACGCUUGAAUGCAAUCAGCUGGAGGAAAUCUAUGCACCUCCUGUCCUCUUGUUUGCUUUAAGUAAUCGAAAUAAGUUACCACCGAGUUACAAAAGAAUAGAUUUAAACGUUUAUUGUCUGAGUUUGAUUCGAAUAUCAAAACAUGUUCGCUAUUUGAGAGUGCAAAUGAGGAAUACAGCAUAAUGGCAAAUAAAACGCUCAAUGUAAAAUUGUUAAUAUUAUACAG